GUCCUACCUGAGUCGUGUGUCGCAGAGAGAGCUGCCAGGUGGUUUCCUGCUGCCCUGUAAGAUCUAAGGAAAUCUUAAUAAGGAUCAUCCACACUUCAAAGAGGAUCCUGAAGAAGUGUAAACAAGACUCCCUGCCAAGCCCUGUAUUUAUCGUACUUCAUUAAGGACAUGCUGUUGAUUUCUCCCGGCUGGGUCAGUUUGUGACGACUUGAGCAAGAUGAGGACUGGCGUCUGUUUGCUCGUGCUGUGUGUGCUGUCUGCAGCUGCCGUUCGUACCAGUACAUCGCCACCAGGGAAACCCCGUAUGGUUAGCUGCAGAUCCCGAGACAAGGAGACGUUCUUCUGCUGGUGGGAGCCUGGCUCUGACGGAGGGCUGCCAACCACACACCGCCUCUACUUCAUGAAAGAGAGGUCAGCUUAUUUAAUGCUGUUUUCUGACUGUGCUUCCUGGUUUCUUUGCCUGGCAGUAAAGCCUGACCCUCCCAUGAAUGUCACGGUGCUGGCCAACAGCAGCGCUCCCAGUCCGCAACUGGAAAUAAAAUGGGAAAGCCCGCCAGACGCCGAUAUCAAAUCCGGCUGGGUCACCGCAACAUAUGAGCUCAGGUUUAAACCAAAAGACAGUAAGGAGUGGAAGAGUAGAGGAGUUCAAAAAGAGACUUAUGCAAAGCUGCAAUUGGAUCCCGGGGUCCUCUACAUGAUUCAGGUGCGCUGUAAGCUAGACCACGGCAACUGGAGUGAGUGGACCAACACCAUAUUUUCUGAAAUCCCUAAACUGCCUCUGAUUGACAAAUCAUUGUGGAUUCUGGUCUUUGUUUUCUCCUUGAUUCCCUUGUUGGCAACUAUAGCCAUCUUAGUGCUGAAGAGGAAACUUUUGAAGCAGUGGUUCCUACCUCCUGUUCCUGGUCCAAAGAUAAGAGGAAUUGAUGUUCAGCUUCUUAAGAGUGGCCGAUCUGAAGACAUUGCAAAUGCCCUCAUCACCAGCCAGAACUUUCCUCCCAUGAUAGCGUGGAUCGACCAGGUGGAGGACUACUUGUUGGUGUCAGACAGUGACGAAUGGCUUAUCAAUGACCUAUAUUUAUCUCAACAAAAGAAGAAAGUCUUCGCUAAUGCCAGUGGCUUACACCUUGACUCAGAAAUUCCCCGCGGCGAGGUGACCCCUGUAAAGAAUGCCCGAGAAAAAGCUGAGGACAGUUUGGAUAAAACGGACACGUUUGAAAGCUCCAAUGAGAGUGAUGUAUUAAAUAUGGAUCGGACGCAGCUGCCUGUUGAGAAACAGGAAUGUGUGAGUGAGGAAAAAGCAUCUCUAACAAACACCAACCAGCCCCUGCCUAACACCUGCUAUGUGGAUAUUCAGCCACGCGAGACGUCCUGGGAAGCUGGAACACAGUCUGACUAUAGCAAAGUGAAAGAGGUGAAUGGCGAGAGCAUCCUCAUCUUCAACAACGAAAACAUCCCGCAGGAGGUGAACGCGCCUGAUGAAUACAGCAGGGUCAAAGAGGUGAACAGUGAGGGAGUUUUCCUGCAGAAACAUGACUCGUCUGACCCCUACUGUAAGAAAAAAGAAGACCAGUACAUAGAGUGGAUCAAUCAGAAGCCAAAAAUGCCUCAUGACAGCGAGCUCAACAAAGGCUUCUGCUUGGAAAUGAUUGGAAAUGGAUACGUAGAUUCUCCUGCUGGUUUUAUUGUGAAGUGAUCCAUUGAGAUGGGACAGUCGGAUCGGUCCGGAUUAACUGAGUCACUGGGCAGAUGAUGCAAUGUUAUCUGAUUAUUGCUAUCGGCAACUAAUUGCACGGUUUUGAAAAGGACAGACUUAUUUAUGGGAUGCACCGGCUGCUCUCCACAGUGGAAUGUAUUUAUCUUGACUGAGGAAGAAAAAUGAAAUUACUUUGACUUUUGAAGUUUCCGCUCAAACGAUGAAAGUGGUUCAGCUGGACAUCUGUGAAAUUGAUUUUUUUUUUUUUUUUUUUUUAAAGAGAAACAAAAAAUGUUCUGGCGGACAUUUUUCCUGGUAGUGUGACAUUUUCUAGUGGGUUGUUAUGGUCACCUCAACGGUUCAACCUCAUUCUUUAACCAGAAGAAAAGCAUCAGGUCAAAACGACCUACCUGCAAAUCUAAAAACCCUUCUACCACCCUCAGCUGCUCCUGAAUGUAAUUCUUUGUUUAAUAUAACAGCCUGCUGUCAAGUAAAAGCUUUUAAUCAAACUGUAGAGAACUGGUACAGCCUCAAAAUGGAUCUUCAACACCAAACAUUUUAAGCUGAAAAAGAGUCGUAAUAAAGGAACUUAAUGAAUAUCGUCUGUUGUUUGUGCUUGUCUACGGUCAAACCUUUUGGGUCUGGUUUAUCUGAGAGGUGUGCACCUGAUAAACCUGUCUGCCUGGUUUUUUGUUUUCAGACUCAUUGCACUCAUUAUCGACAGCGUUA